CAACGUUGAGCCAAUAUCAUGAGCCUCUUCUUCGCAUAAAUGAAGCACUACGGGCGUCUAUUCUUUCGCUCGAGUGCCUCUCAAAAGCCUGGAGUGACUACCCGUGGUUUCUGCAGCUGCUCUUCUUUGCCGGUGUUCCUGUGAGCUUGUCGCAACUCGUGGAAGGAAUUAAUUGACUUAUAUCCGUGAGUCUUGAAACGACGACGACGACUAUCAAGGAUAGCCCGGGCUUUUCGAGGAGAAGAUCAACAAUAUGUCAUUUAUACUCGCGUACCGAAAACCACGAGCAAAGCUUGCGCGAGCCCCAAGCACUUCACAGGAGGAACGACCAUCUCCAAGAUCGAUCCUCGCCCACAGAAAGCUCCUGGCCUUCGAAGAGCUCCCCGGCUGGUACCAGGACAAUCACUUUUUGAGGUCGGGGUACCGUCCAGUUUCUGAGUCGUGGUUGAUCUGUGCCUACUCGCUGGGCCACCUGCACAAUGAGACGAUCAACAUAUACACCCACCUGGUCCCCGGUGUCGCCUUCAUCUUGAGUCAGGCCAUUAUAUAUCGAUGGAUAUACAAUCUUUACCCCGAGGCGUCCGUCCUGGAUCAUUUCGUCUUUGGGUGCAACGUAGCGGCGGCCAUGAUCACCAUGACUUUAUCGGCCGCCUAUCACACUUUGAUCAAUCACUCGAUGCACAUGUCCAGCUUCAUGUUGCGGGUCGACUACGUCGGUAUAUUGGCUCUCAUCUUGGGGUCUUUCUUCUCGGGUAUAUAUGUCGGUUACAGGUGUGAGCCCCGACUGUGCUGGACGUAUUGGACCAUGAUCAUCACCCUCAGCGUCGUCACGUCGGUGCUCGUCUUGCACCCUCAAUUGCAGGGGUUGAAGUACCGCGCCCAUCGAUCUUGGGCGUUUAUAUUGACGGCCCUUUCGGGAUUCGCCCCCAUAAUCCACGGACUUUUUCUGUACGGGUGGAACGAGAUGUUGGUCAGAUCGGGUAUGCAGUAUUACCUGUUGGAGGGUCUCGUGUAUGGCGUCGGUGCCUUCUUCUUUCUGACGCGCAUACCCGAGUCCAUCUGGCCUGGAUCAUUCGACAUCUGGCUCUCCUCACACCAACUCUUCCACGUGCUCGUGGUGGUUGCUAGCCAGGUACACCUUUACGGCGUUUGGGUCGCCUUUGAUUGGAAUUAUCAUAACAUCAGGGCUUGUCCGGUAUAAGCUCUUUUUAGCACGGAAGUAUAUGGUACACGUGGUGUAAAUAAAUCGGCACGUUUUCCAACGUUUGAUCCAUGAAAGGAAUACCUGAAUCACAUCAUCUUUCAACGCUCUACCCGUAAUUGAGUCGUUUAGGACCUGGUUUGCGCCGAAGUGCCUAUUUAUUCCUCUUUCUCUCUAC